UAGCUCUGCUGUGUUUCUGAUAAACUAACCUAAAAAUGAAACGUGCUUGUGUUCGGAAUUGGAAGUAAACUUAUCGUUGUAAUUUUUUUAACAAAUAUUUUCAAUUUUAUCGUGCGAUUUAAUCAUGAUUUGAAGUUACUCCUGAUUGUCUAAUUCAAGUAUCAACAGUUUUUAACUAUGAUAAUUUAGAAGAAACAUUGUUUUCAGAUUGUGAAACAGGGGAAGAAAGUGUAUGCAACAUUUGUGGAUUUCCAGCGAGCUUUCGACUCCAUAGACCACUCAUUGAUGUGGGAAAACUAUACAGAUAUGGUAUAAGCAGAAAAUGAAUUGCAGUUCUUCAGGACUUCUAUUGCAAGGUUGUAAUUUAAUGAAAUGGCGAAAUUGAAGAAACCGCAUUUUUCCAGUAAUAGACCUGGAAAUAAAUCCAGGAAACAGCUACGUAAAGAGAAGCGACUUGGCAAAAAAGAGCGAAAAAACGAACAUUAUAAGAAAAAAUUUCUAAUAUCAAAUUUACCUCAAAAAAAUGAAACUACUGAUAGUAAAAUGCAGACUAAUACAAAAACAAUAAAGAAAAAUUUGAGAAAACAAAAGACGCAACAACCUGAAAAGGAUUGUGAUGAAAGAUCUCCUGUUAAACUUGAUACACAAGCUUUGCAGAAGCUCAACCAUGACAACGAGAUGAAUUUGAAAAGAAAGCUUGAGAAAGAUAUGAAGAAGCAGAGAAAAAUUCAGUUAUUGGAGGAGAAUAAGUAUGAAGAUAAAGAAAUAAAGAAACUAGAAAAGCAACUCAAGAUGAACAAAAGGAAAUCAAAAACAUUGCCAAAAUGUUUCAUCGAAGAAGGUUUGGAUUAUAUUCUAAAUGUGUGUGACUCGGACGGCGUGAAGAAUAUCUUGGACAACCAAGAAUCGGAUUCAGAGUUUGUGGACGAUCUUGCCAUGGUCAAAGGAGAGAAACCUGCUAAGCGAGCAAAAACGAGUUCUACAACAAAAACUCCCAGUGAAGACACUGAUUCUGAUGAAGAAAUGAGUGAUGACUUCGAUGAUGAUGAUGAUGAUGGGCCCCAUUCUGAUGACGAUGGUGGUGUUGAUAAUUCCGAUGAAGGUGAUGUUUGCGAUGAUGAUGAUGAUGUUGACGAUGACGACCAAGAGGAAGAAGAAGAUGUUGAUAUUGAUGAACCUCAACGAUUGAAGAAUACAAAAUCACCGAAAAAUGUUGCAGUCAAAUCUCAGGCAGAAGAUGAGGACUUAUCUUGUGUGGUUGAUAAAAGUGAGAUGGAGAUGAAUGAAGACUUUGAUGUCGAAGGAGACCUGGACGCAGCUGAGGGGGAUUGCGAUGCCAGAGCAGAACAAAAACAUAAAAGUGAUGGAAAAGGAAAGUAUUGGCAAGAUAUUUAUGGACGACAGCGUGACGAGAAAGGAAAUAUAGUGCAGUCCGAAGGAAAAUAUAUUCCUCCUCAUUUGAAAGCGAAAAUGUUGGGGGAAAGUUCAGAAAGGAAAGAACGACUAUCGAGGCUGUCAAGGCAAUUGAAAGGUCAUAUCAAUCGACUUGCAGAGAAUAACAUGCACAGAAUUGUUACCGAGAUGGACCAGCUGUACAUGCAAAACAGCAGGAAUGACAUGAAUGAGACGCUGACCAAAUUGAUCUUCGAAUCGUUAAUUCAGCCUUUCCUCAUUCCUGAGAGAUUAGUUUCCGAGCAUACAAUGCUCAUUGCAGCGUUGCAUGCCAAUGUUGGAACAGAAGUUGGAGCAUUCUUUCUUCAAGAUCUGAUUGAGAAGUUUGAUGAGACAUUAAAGAAAGGCUUGAAUGAAGAUAAGAAAGAUUUGGAUAAUAUACUGCUUGUAAUUUCUUAUCUUUACAUUUACAAGGUAUGUCACUCAGUAUUGAUUUACGACAUUCUCAACCGUAUUAUUUGCAGCAGAAAUUCACUGGGGGAGAAAGAAGUCGAACUCCUUCUUGUUGUUCUACGUUCAGCAGGAUUUUGCUUGAGAAAGGAUGAUCCUUUAGCACUGAAGGACCUCAUUAUGAAAAUCGAGACUCAAGCUUCAAGUGUAGCUAAUAAUUCUCGUGUCAAAUUCAUGCUGAGUGUUCUAAGAGCUAUCAAGAACAACAACACUACAAAAGUGCCGCAGUAUGAUGCAAACCGAUAUGAUCAUUUGAGGAAAAUUCUAAAAACUGUUGUUCAAAAAGGCAAAUAUAUCUCUGAGCUGAAAAUAUCUUUGGAGGACCUUUUGAAUGCCGAGAGCCGAGGAAGAUGGUGGAUUGUGGGCUCAGCUUGGGCGCGAGAUUCAAAAGACGACAAAGAAGACAGAGAGGCUGCAACAUCCAGUGCAGCCACUGCAGCCACCAGCAUCACCUUUACUUCCAAACUCCUUGAUCUCGCCAAAAAACAACGUAUGAACACUGAUGCCAGGCGAAACAUAUUCUGCAUCCUCAUGUCUGCUGAAGACUAUCUAGAUGCUUUUGAGAAGCUAUUGAAGCUGGGACUCAAAGGACAUCAAGAGCAAGAAAUGUUUAAUGUUAUAAUGCAUUGCUGUAUUCAGGAGAAAACCUACAAUCCUUACUAUGCAUAUCUGGUAGCGCGGCUCUGCACCUGCAAUAGGAAGUUCGUGAUGAUGUUCCAGUAUCACCUAUGGGAUCGUUUUAAAGAAUUGAAAGAUUUGAAACGAUUUCAAAUAACAAAUAUGGCCAAAUUGUUAGCGCAUCUAUUACUACAGAACUUGUUACCUCUUUCAGCACUCAAGGUUAUUGAGUUUGCUUCACUUGAAAGGCCCAGCGUUCGUCUUCUACGACAAAUAUUCUUGACCGUACUUCUCAGUGAUAAUGAGGAGGAAAUUGCCACUGUGUUCUCUAGAGUCUCCCAACCACCGAAACUUCACAUCUUCAGGGAAAGCAUCCGUCUGUUCUUGCAUCAAUUUCUUUUGAAACAUCAACCUGAUUCAGUGUUACUCAAAAAUAGAAUUCAGAUGGCCGAAAGCUUACUGAUGGGCGUCAACAUUAACGAGAACUUAAACUCUACAAUGUUCUAAAGAAUGUAAAAAUUUAUUUUUCAGUGUAUAUUUCGUAAUAUUUACGUUUUAUGUUUAGUUAUGAUACGUGAUUUAAUUCCAGAAACGUUUGUGGAGGUUUUUUUGAAGUUUACUUAUCACUAAUACUUCAUCUAUACAAAUGAUUUGAUUGUAUGAUGUUGAGGUAUUUCUCCAAAAUUGAAAGAAGACGUUGAUGUUGUCAAUAUAUAUAGCCUACCAUAUAGUAACAUAUGGUACUAUAUAUAUACCAUAUAGUGGUAUUGACAACAUCAACAUCUUAUUCUUCCAACUUCUAUACAAAUCCAAAGUAUUAUGGAACAGUGAAGAUGUUCAUUUUUAAAAAUAUUACUGUACUUACUUUACUCAUUAACAUUUCCAUGAAAACUACGCUGUUACGUCGUGCCUCUUAUCCAACGUUUCUAGGAAGUCUUCUUAUUCUAUCCCAACAAUUCAGUGGAAAUAAUAUUGAAACUCGAUGAAGGAAUUACAUAAUUUUGCGAUUAAUACUCGAAUCUUGUGCAUGUGUAGUAAUCAUAUUUGCUACUGCACAAGCAACUUAUAUUUAUUUAUUUAUUAGGUUAGCACAAA